AAUUGGUUGGUGCUAUAUAAACUUCGCGCGUUCCAACAUCGUGUUCAGUGCCACAUUAGUGGAUAUCAAAGUAGUUUGUUAUAAGCAAAGACAAAAUCCAAAUAUACAAACUCACACACACACACUCUGAGACCUUGUUUACAAUUUACAUAAAUCAACAAGGAGAGAAAAGAAAGAAGAAAACAAUUUUACAAAGAAUCAAUUACAAAAAAAGGCAGUUUGCCCCAAGGUAAAAAAGAAGCAGACAAAAUACCAACAAGUUCAAGUUCAGCAUUCAGCUGCUACUGAUAAGAUGAGUGGACGUGACAAUCGAGGCGCCAGCGGCGGCGGCGGCGGCGGAGGAGGAGGAGGAAGUGGCAGUGGUGGGGGACACCAUCAUCAUCAUCAGCCGCUGAGCAGCGCCAUGGGCAAGCUUAAGGAAAAACUAACCAGAGCAGGUGAGGAGCUGGGCUAUCAUCGUGUGGAGAGCAAUCUUUCAACAUCGAAUACGGGCACAAGCCUCGACACAAUAUUGCCAGAGGAUCCGUUUCCGUUCCCACAAGCGGCGCCACAGCGGCAUCCACAGCAACAACAACAGCAGCAACCACAGCAACAGCAACACCAACAGCUGAGACUGUUGCACGACGUAGACGACGAGACGCCGCUAUCUUUUCGUCCUUUGGUCGAUGACGACGACAUCAACGAGCCGCCACAGCUGCAGACGCAUACACAGCAAUCACAGCAGCAACAAUAUCAACAACAACAACAACAACAGCUACAGCAGCAAUCACAACGUGGCACAUUGCGUGGCAGCGGCAGCUUGGAGUUGACACCGUUGCCGCCACCGCCAACAUCGUUGGAGCCACAUCGUGAUCGCCAGCAACGGGGAGGCGAGGAGCUGCAACGCAGCAAGCAAUCCCUUAAGGGAUCACGUGUGUCCUUUGAGAAGCAGGGCAGCAAGCCGACAUCAGCGGCAGCUGCAGCAGCCGAGAGCAGUGACGAGGAUAGCUUCGAGGAUAAGCGCAUUGGCUUCCAGCAGCAGAAGGCGACGAGUGUCGAUCACAAGGGCAUACUCAAGGACCUCAAGCACAUCUUGGCCAGCGACAAUCGUCGGCAGUUUCAGGCCAAGAAGCACGUUUCCCUCGACAUUAAGGGCACUCGGUUUCUCGAGGAUCUGCUCAAGGACUCGUCAUCCGAGGAGGAAUUUCACAAGACACGUCGCGAGUUCCAGGGUCGCAAGCAUCAGAGUCUCGAUCCGCGUGUCACAUUCAAGCUCGACAAAGUAUUACAAGGCUCCAGUACCGACAGCGACGAGGAAGGCGACGACGCCGAGCACAAACGUUUGAUCCAUCGUCCCAAGGAUAUUACGAAACCGGUCAUCAUUGACCUGAAGGAUCUGGAUACCGAGAGUGACGAGGAUUUCCUCAGCUCGCGACAGAACUUCCAGCAACAGCGCUCCAUCAGCACAGAUUCACGCAAGAGCCGUCGACUGUACGAGAUGGACGACAUGGGCAACAAGCGGGGCGACAACAUCCGGCACGCGGUGCCAUUUGUCCGUCAGAUCACCGAGGAUGGCAAACCCAAGCUCGAGGUCUACAGGCCCACCACGAAUCCCAUCUUUAUUUGGACCCAGGUGCUCGCUGCCUUGAGCGUCUCGAUGGGCUCGCUGGUCGUGGGCUUUGCCAGCUCUUACACCUCGCCAGCUCUUGUCUCCAUGACCAACCCCAAUAUCACCUCCUUUACGGUCACGCCGCAAGCGGCUUCUUGGGUGGGCGGAAUUAUGCCACUGGCUGGCUUGAUGGGCGGCAUCUCGGGCGGUCCCUUCAUCGAGUAUCUGGGCAGACGCAACACCAUUCUGGCCACCGCGGUGCCCUUCAUCAUCUCCUGGCUGCUCAUCGCCUGUGCCGUCAAUGUGGCCAUGGUGCUCUGCGGUCGCUUCCUCGCCGGUUUCUGUGUGGGCAUUGCUUCGCUGUCGUUGCCCGUCUAUCUGGGUGAAACGGUGCAACCCGAGGUCCGAGGCACGUUGGGUUUGCUGCCCACGGCAUUCGGUAACAUUGGCAUCCUUGUCGGUUUUGUUGCGGGCACCUAUAUGGAUUGGUCAAUGCUGGCGUUCUUGGGUUCUGCUCUUCCGGUUCCCUUCCUCCUGCUGAUGUUCCUCAUCCCGGAGACGCCGCGUUGGUAUGUGAGCCGUGGACGCGAGGAGCGUGCACGCAAAGCGCUUAUUUGGCUGCGUGGCAAGGAGGCCGAUGUGGAGCCGGAGCUGAAGGGUUUGAUGCGCUCCCAGGCGGAUGCGGAUCGUCAGGCGACGCAGAACACGAUGUUGGAGCUGCUGAAGCGCAGCAAUCUGAAACCGUUGUCCAUCUCGUUGGGUCUGAUGUUCUUCCAGCAGUUGAGCGGCAUCAAUGCGGUCAUCUUCUAUACGGUGCAAAUCUUCAAGGAUGCCGGCUCCACCAUCGAUGGCAAUUUAUGCACCAUCAUUGUGGGCAUUGUCAACUUCAUCGCCACGUUUAUUGCCACUCUGCUGAUCGAUCGUGCCGGACGCAAAAUUUUGCUGUAUGUCUCCAAUGUGGCCAUGAUCCUGACCCUGUUUGUGCUGGGCGGCUUCUUCUAUUGCAAAUCCACGGGCAUGGACACCUCAGAAUUCGGUUGGUUGCCGCUGAGCUGCUUUGUCGUCUAUAUACUUGGCUUCUCGCUGGGCUUUGGUCCCAUUCCCUGGCUGAUGAUGGGUGAGAUUCUGCCCGCCAAGAUCCGAGGAUCGGCGGCCAGUGUGGCCACCGCAUUCAACUGGUCCUGUACAUUCGUGGUGACCAAGUCCUUCCAGGAUAUGAUAGAUUUUAUGGGCGCUCAUGGCGCUUUCUGGAUGUUCGGCGCCAUCUGCUUCGUUGGCCUGUUCUUUGUGAUAAUCUAUGUGCCCGAAACGCAAGGCAAAAGCCUGGAGGACAUUGAGCGCAAGAUGAUGGGACGUGUCCGACGCAUGUCGUCGGUGGCUAACAUCAAGCCGCUGUCCUUCAACAUGUAAAUGGGGACAAAGAACAGCCAUCAAACAGCAACAAAAAGAAGGAUCUUUGAAGCGAUCAAACCAAAUAUUAGACUAGUGCCCUAGUGCUUAAGUACAACGAUAAUGUUGACACGAUAGCUAAUGCAGUUAUCGCCAGAGUUAUCGAUAGUUAGAGCUAUUCAUUGUAUACUACAAAAAAAAAGAAGAAAAAACUAAACUAAGAAACAAAAAGAUAUACAGAUAUACAUAUACAAAUUAUGGCCGAAAUAUGCCAAUUGCAAAAGUAGACGAGCAACAAGAAUUUCCUUUAUUGUUAUUAUAGUUAAUAUUAUUAUUAUUAUUAUUAUAUUGUUAUGAUUAUUGUAAUUAUUAUUUUAAUCGUUAAGAUCGAUUGUAAAUUAUGAGUUUAGCACUAAUUAUGAAUUGAAUUUAUCGCUGUAGACAAAUGACAUUGUGUCCUAGUUAAGUAAAAGAAAAAGAAAUCUAUCAAAAGGCCAAAUCUGUAAAGUGCCCCACUUAGAACCCACCACAAAAAUCAAUGCGAAUGUGUAAGAAUGAGGCAGAGAAAGAGCUAUUCAAUUGGCCAUUCGAAUAAUAUGUAUGAAUCUUAAAAUUCACAAUAUCACUCGCAGCAGCUGCAAACAAAAAUUGUACAUGAAUAUUGUAAAUUAAUUUUAUGAAUAUACAAACAAACACUAAACAACAAAAAAUACAAAAUCACAAAUACA